AGAGGGGGCUCGAGCAGACACAAUUCAGUCCCGUGAGCAGGUCACAGAAGUAAACAUAAAAACAAAGCCCACGCUCCGCGCGCUCUGGUGUGUCUAAUGUGUCGAGCAGUUUCCUCCGUCGUCUCGCAAAGUGCCGCCGCUGUCUGUCAGUGGCUUUAACGCGGGCCGCCAGCAUCUUCUCCGGCAUCCACAAGUGAAUGAGGAGGGCCGGUGGCCCACAGGGAGGGGUCGUUUGCUUCCAGGGCUGCCUCCUCCUGGAUGGAGCAGGCAGCGAUGGCCAUGGGAGAUGUCUCGAAAAAAGCAUCGACUCGGAACCUCGCGGUAGAGAGGAAAAACCUCCUCACGGUCUGCAGGUUUUCAGUUAAGACCCUGCUGGAGAAAUACACGGCCGAGCCCAUCGAUGAUUCAUCAGAAGAGUUUGUCAAUUUCGCCGCCAUCCUUGAACACAUCCUCUGCCACCGUUUCAAAGGCUCUAGUAGCUGGUUCGAUGGUCAGAGGAGUUACUGGGACUACAUCCGCCUGGCGUGUGCUAAAGUCCCCAACAGCUGCAUUAGCAGCAUUGAGAGCAUGGAAAACAUCAGCACCUCACGAGCCAAGGGCCGAGCCUGGAUGAGAGUAGCUCUGAUGGAGAAGAGGCUAUCUGAAUACAUCGCCACUGCUCUGAGGGACAGCAGGACAACCAAGAGGUUCUAUGCAGAGGGAGCCAUCAUGUUAAGAGAAGAAGCUACAGUGCUAACAGGGAUGCUAAUAGGUCUUGGAGCUAUAGACUUUAGCUUCUGUUUAAAAGGGGAGGCCCUGGAUGGGAAAUCUCCUGCAGUGAUUGACUAUACUCCAUACUUGAAAUUUACACAAAGCUAUGAUUACCUGAGCGAUGACGAUGAUCGGCAGAGUGUUGACAGCAGUGCGAGUGACGACAGCGUCCCUGAACAUCCUUACAUCCCCCUGGUCACCGACGAGGAGAGCUGGAGCACAAAGUGUCGCAAGAUGGAGCAGAGGUUCAAGAUUGUCAAUGCACAAAAGGGUUACCUGGAGGAGCUUGUGCGUCUGCGUGAGUCGCAGCUGAAGAACACAGAGAUGGAGAACAAGAGGCUAAAGGCCCGGCUUGAGGAGCUGCAGACCCAGAGCCAACAGGAGAAAAGGGAACUGGAGGCCAUUGUCUUGGAGCUUCAGGAGCAACUGACAAGCUUGAUUCCUUGUGACUCCAACCACUUGGCGAAAAACCUCUCAAUCCCACUCGUCAACCAGUGGCCAACGCUGGAGCCGUUCGACAGCCAAGAGGACAUGAAGCUGUUUCGCAGGAGGAGUUUUCCAAGCACAGAGCUGCUGUCAGUGGAGGUCAGCCUGGAUUCUGACUCUCAGAGGACUCAUGAGAAACAGAAUGGGAGGGCCUGGUGCACAGAAAAGGACUACACCCCCUCCAUGAUGGGCCUGUGUGGGUCCUUGGCGUCCUUCCCAAGCUGCAAAUCUCUGACUAGCCUGAAGUCCAGCGAGUGCCUGGUUAACAUCAGCACAGAGAACAGUCCUGCCCUCUCUCCCAGCUAGGGGGCACCAAAGAAACACUGCCAAGAAACAUUAAGACGCUCCGGCGUGAAAAUAAAACGACUGUUCUCGGUGGGCGGACAGAUGCUUGACA